GAACUGCGAGCCUGAGGAGAUCGCCGGGACACUGGGAACCGAGCCACAGUUCUGCGCCGUUAACUGUCGCGUUUAGCAGUGCAAGUCAAGACUCCAUUCUCUAGGUGCCACUUCCCGCGUAAAUAUUCGCAGGAAUCUCCCGGAAAAUUUAUUGCGGAAGAUCGGCUUGGGAUUCGAUGGGUAUUAAGCAGGUGAGCUGAUGUCACUGUUCUGGAUUGUGAUUCGUCAGCUUGCAGAAUCUGAGGCAAUGGCUACAUCGAAGAAGGUGAUAACAAGAGAAGAGUGGGAGAAGAAACUCAAUGACGUGAAAAUUAGGAAAGAAGACAUGAAUAAAUUGGUGAUGAAUUUUCUGGUCACGGAGGGUUAUGUUGAAGCUGCCGAAAAAUUCCGAAUGGAGUCUGGAACUGAACCAGAUAUAGAUCUUACAACCAUUACUGAUCGCAUGGCUGUUAAGAAGGCUGUGCAAAGUGGUAAUGUGGAAGAUGCUAUUGAGAAAGUAAAUGACUUGAAUCCAGAGAUACUGGAUACAAACCCCCAAUUGUUUUUCCAUCUCCAACAGCAACGACUGAUAGAACUAAUCAGGAAUGGAAAAGUAGAGGAAGCUUUAGAAUUUGCCCAGGAGGAACUUGCACCAAGAGGGGAGGAGAAUCAAAGCUUUUUGGAAGAGUUAGAGAGGACUGUUGCUCUCCUUGCCUUUGAAGAUGUCUCAAACUGUCCUGUUGGAGAGCUUCUUGACGUAUCUCAACGUCUAAAGACAGCAAGUGAGGUGAAUGCGGCCAUACUUACUAGCCAGAGUCAUGAAAAAGAUCCUAAACUCCCAAGCUUGUUGAAGAUGCUGAUAUGGGCUCAAAACCAGCUGGAUGAGAAAGCUGCAUAUCCUCGCAUAAAGGAUUUAUCCACGGCUACGUUAGAAGACCCUGCAGUUUGAACGCUGAAGACCUGGCAAUCGCUGUCUGGAGCAUCUAGGGUUCUAGAUGGAAAUGGUGAGGUCGUUGGCUUGAAAAAUGAUGUAUGUACUUUUAUUCAAAGAUGGUUCUGCAAAAAAUUGGUGUCUGUUUUCUCAUAGAUAGCUGUUUCAGUGGGUUUAUAUCCUUGUACAAAAGAUUGCCCAAUUGCCCAUACAUUGAUUAAUUCUUUCUUUCAAGUCAGCGAUCCAUGAGGAAUUCUGUCGCAUGUUAAUAUC